AUGACCGCCGAGACUGAAACCUUUUCCUUCCAAGCUGAGAUCUCUCAGUUGAUGAGUUUGAUCAUCAACACCUUCUACUCUAACAAGGAAAUCUUCUUGCGUGAGUUGAUCUCGAACGCUUCCGAUGCCAUUGACAAGAUCCGUUACCAAUCCUUGACCGAUACCUCUGCUCUUGAUGGUGAGAAGGAACUUUUCGUUCGUAUCAUCCCUGACCGUGAGCACAACAUCCUUUCCAUCCGUGAUUCCGGUAUUGGUAUGACCAAGGCUGAUCUCGUCAACAACUUGGGUACUAUCGCCAAGUCCGGUACCAAGGCUUUCAUGGAAGCCCUCUCCUCUGGUGCUGAUAUCUCCAUGAUUGGUCAAUUCGGUGUCGGUUUCUACUCUGCUUACCUCGUUGCUGACAAGGUCCAAGUCAUCACCAAGCACAAUGAUGACGAGCAAUACAUUUGGGAAUCUGCUGCUGGCGGUUCUUUCACCAUCACCCGUGAUGAAGUCAACCCCUCCCUUGGCCGUGGUACUGAAAUGCGCCUCUUCUUGAAGGAGGAUCAGCUCGAGUACCUUGAAGAACGCAAGAUCAAGGACAUCGUUAAGAAGCACUCUGAAUUCAUCUCUUACCCCAUCCAAUUGGUUGUUGAAAAGGAGGUUGAGAAGGAAGUCUCUGAUGAUGAAGCUGAGGAGGUCAAGGAAGAUGAGGAGAAGCCCAAGAUUGAGGAAGUUGAGGAUGAAGAAGACAAGAAGGAAAAGAAGAAGAAGACCAUCAAGGAAAAGACCACUGAUACCGAAGAGCUCAACAAGACCAAGCCUCUUUGGACUCGCAACCCUGAUGAUAUCAAGAGCGAAGAGUAUGCUCAAUUCUACAAGGCCCUUACCAACGACUGGGAGGAUCAUUUGGCUGUCAAGCACUUCUCUGUUGAAGGUCAACUUGAAUUCCGUGCCAUCCUCUUCGUUCCCAAGCGUGCUCCCUUCGAUUUGUUCGAGACCAAGAAGAAGCGCAACAACAUCAAGUUGUACGUUCGCCGUGUCUUCAUCAUGGAUGACUGUGAGGAUCUCAUUCCCGAAUGGCUCAACUUUGUCAAGGGUGUUGUCGACUCUGAAGACUUGCCCCUUAACAUUUCUCGUGAGAUGCUUCAACAAAACAAGAUCUUGAAGGUCAUCCGCAAGAACCUUGUCAAGAAGUGCUUGGAGAUGUUCGCUGAAAUCGCUGAGGACAAGGAGAACUUUGACAAGUUCUACGAAUCCUUCUCCAAGAACCUUAAGCUUGGUAUCCACGAAGAUACUCAAAACCGUGGCAAGUUGGCUGAUCUCCUCCGUUACUACUCCACCAAGAGCGGUGACGAAUUGACCUCCCUUAAGGAUUACGUUACCCGUAUGCCCGAGAAGCAAAAGAACAUCUACUACAUCACUGGUGAAUCCCGUGCUGCUAUUGAGAACUCUCCCUUCUUGGAAGGUUUCAAGAAGAAGGGUAUUGAAGUCUUGCUCAUGACCGAUCCUAUUGAUGAAUACUCCACCACUCAACUCAAGGAAUACGAUGACAAGAAGCUUGUGUGCAUCACCAAGGAAGGUGUUGAGAUUGAGGAGGAUGAGGAAGAGAAGAAGGCUCGUGAGGAAGAAGAGAAGAAGUUUGAGGAUCUUUGCAAGUCUGUCAAGGAAAUUCUUGGCGAGAAGGUUGAGAAGGUCGUUGUCUCCAACAAGCUUACCGAUUCUCCUUGUGUCCUCACCACUGGUCAAUUCGGCUGGUCCGCCAACAUGGAGCGUAUCAUGAAGGCUCAAGCUCUUCGUGACAACAGCAUGUCCGCUUACAUGGCUUCCAAGAAGACCUUCGAACUUAACCCCCAACAUGCCAUCGUCAAGACUCUUAAGGAAAAGGUUGCCGCUGAUGCCAGCGACCGUACUGUUAAGGACUUGACCACUCUUCUCUUCGAGACCGCUCUUUUGACCUCUGGUUUCUCCCUUGAUGAGCCUGCCACCUUUGCUACUCGUAUCCACCGCAUGGUUGCUUUGGGUCUUUCCAUUGACGAAGAUGAAGUUGUUGAGGAUGCCCCUGCCUCUGGUGCUGCCGUUGAGGAGGUCGUUGAGACUUCCAAGAUGGAGGAGGUUGACUAA